UAUGUCCCUUUUCAGUACUUUGUGGUCAUCUUGAAGGCCAAGGGGACCUUGAAGCCAGAAGUCCACAAGGCUCUCUUUGGAUCCUGGGAAUCCAUCUGCUCCGCCAGCCGGACGCUCCUUUUUCACCUGGCAAGGGGCCAUUUUGCGCUUGGACUAGAGGGUUUCUGCCACCAGCUGGUGUUCUAUGUCCGCUACGCAGAGAAUCUGGAACAGGCCCAGAACACGCUGGAGAAACUGGUAAGGAAGAACAGAGUGUUUUCCCGCUUCAAGAAGCUUCAGGAAUCCCGUCCAGAGCUUAAAGGUCACCGGCUGGAAGAGCUGCUGCCGCUACCCCUGCAAAGGCUCCAUCAGUAUAGGCACUUGCUGCAAGAUUUGGUGGAGUACACUCCCCCAGAGAGCUCUGGAUUUGAUCAACUUCAAGGGGCUCUAAAGUCUGUCUUGGAGGUCCUGCACCGAGUCCAGGACAUUGCUCGUGUCCGUGAGAACUUGGAAAUGAUGAGGCAGAUUCAGAAACGGCUCCAGGGACAGAAGACUCAGGUGCUGGCUCCAGGGCGCUGGUAUCUCCAGGAAGGCUGGCUGAUGGUGGUACCCUCCAAGGGAAAGGAAAUGCAGCACAGGAUGUUUUUCCUUUUCUCUGAUAUCUUGUUGUUAACAAAGCCUUGCCACCCACUCCACCCCUGGAAUUCACACAAGUUUACGUGCCAGGCAGUUUACCCUCUCAGUCACUGCGUUGUAGAGAAGGUGUUUGGGCACACCCAGAGUCAAGGAGGGCUGCUCAGUCUCUCCUUCCCACAGAAAAAGUUACUGUUGAUGUCUUGUGAUCAGGACGACUUUGACAAAUGGCACCAGAAUCUAGUGGCUGCUAUCAGAGAGCUGCAAGUCAGUGCCAGCCCACCUUCCCAGAAGGUUGAGUGACCCAGCUGGAUUCUGCAGCAAGCAGCAGAGACCUGUGUUUCCUGGAAGCUGUUCGGGAACCUUCCAAAAUGCAGACAUCAGGGCUACCCUCCUUUGGAAGCCUAACUUCCAGGCAUAACCCUAACAUGGCUCUAUUCUUGGUUCGGUUCCCUUUUCAUUCAGUCCAGAGUAGCAGGGUGCUAGGAAGAGUCCUUUCCUUCUUGGAGGCUCCAUCAUCACAAGUUGCUGCCUCCAGAACAGUCCUGUUUAUUGAACCUACCGACAGGGAGCCCCCUUUGACCAACUUUUUGACCAGCCCCCAUUAAGACAGUGGGGUGGAAGUGUUUAAGAUUCUAGUGCAAACUACUUUCCACACCCAUGGAACUGGCACAAUGGGAUCUAAAAAUCUAUUUUAGUCUAAUGGCCAUAUAAACAAUGGUGGUUUUUCCUUGUGCAUUCUACUGUGAGAUUAGUUUAGCUGGUCAAGGUAGGAAUACUUCCGGACUGGAACUCAGUGGAUUUUAAAAACAUGAGAGUAAUGGCAGCCCCUUGAGGCUGCAUCUUCUGGAAGUUAAUUACCCAACGGUUCAAUUCCACCAGUACAUAAGGAUUUCAAAAGAGUUAGGGCUGACAAACUGCUGCUUUAGACCCUUUCAAAUUCUGUACCGUGACUGCUCUGCAGUCAGAACCCCAAACGUAGACAAAGUUUGGUAUUGCAGUAAUCCCAUUCUCGGUAGGUAUUAAGAAUGCCUAUCACUUUUGAAUCUUCUUUACUAGCUGUGGGAUUUGGGUGGGGGAGAUCUUUCAGGUCCUCAAAUUUUAGAUAAGAGAUUCCAUUUUUUCAGGGAAGGAAGGAUUGUUUAUGGUGGCUUAUUAACUGUGUAGAAAUUAUCUCAGCAAAAUAACAACUUCUACAUUAAGUUUCCCUAUUGAUUCUAAACUGAGUAGAGGCAAUAAGCAAAUCACCAAAGGCUAACUUUCAGACGUACCUUGUUCUGCAACGCCCGAAUAUAGAGUCCACUUGAGCCAGCCUUUCCCUCACUGACUGCACCCCCAGUAGGUUGGGACUGCCUGCAGUGAGGCAGCCUGAAAUGCUGAAAAUUGUAGGAGAGGAUGGAGAGGGAAGGCAGAGUUUUAUAACUCAAAGGAAUAAAUGUGUUCUGAACAUGCAAUUGAUUUUCAAGUUUAUGCAUGAUGUAUUUUGAUUUUAAAAUGUUUGCGAUAUGUGAAAUCAUGCUUUUUUUGCGUUAGGAAAAUGUUAGUGACGACUUAAAGACAGCCUAAUAGUAUAAUCAUUAGUUUAAAAAAAAAAAAAAGGAUCAUGGGAAGAAAUAGCUAUGAGAACUAGCCAGAAAGAAGUCAUUACAUUUGCCAGAUUUUGGUACUCAGUGUAUCUUCCAGUGGAACAGCUAUAUCCUUUUGUCACAGCAACACUUUAGGAAUAUUCAGUCUUCUGUGGAUGGCAGAGGACAGGCACCCUAGACUGGGGGAAGAGUGUGCGCGCAUCUCUGUACCAUAAGCCUGGAACUACAGAGACACUUGAGGGAAAUGAGACACAUAAAAUGUUCUGGUGUUUUACACUGACGGGCUUAAAAGGAGAGAAGAAAGUUCCUACUGUUUCAAGAGAACUUGUCCCACACAAGUUCCUCCUUUGUAAUAUUGUCCUUCCCUUUUUUCAGUAAAUUCUACUGGAGAUGUCAUUCUCCUUAAGGCUGUCCAUGCACUUCUAGACACCGUCUCUUUGCCACGCUGCUUACAUCCGAGUUUGACCAGUCAAAAAAUAACAAGCAGUUAGUAAGAACAAAGGCUUGCAGGUUCAUCCUACUCAUUUCCCCAAAAGUUAGUAUGUUAAAUGAGAUUGGAUUCCAUGAACAUGGGCACAGAAUUCCAAUUUUAUGUUAUCAAAAUUCACGCUGCUUCAAGUAUUUUAAAAGUAAUAUGCUUUUUAAAAAUUGUGCAAUACAAAACGAUAUAAUAAAUAUUCAAUACAAUAAAUGUUUCAUGUUUUUCCCUCAGGAUUUUAUUUAUUUGAUUUGUAUAGCUGUACAUCUCACUUAAGUGACUCUGGGCAGUCACACAAAUUGAAUGAAAGAAUGCUACAUUUAAGUUAUGUACUAUAUUAAUUUUAACUUUCCAAAAGGAAAAGUGGCUGUAGGUGGGGAACAACUGAAAAUAUUAACUAUGUUUGAACCAGAACAGAGCAGGUAAGUGCAGCGAAAGGGAUCCUCAAGGAUGUUAUGGAGAUUGCAGAGAAAUUUAAUUCUUUGCAUUGAGUUUUCUUCAAAAUGCAGGACAGAUAUAUGACUCUGUUGACUUUCUCAGGGAGGUGCCAAAGUAUUCUACAACAUCUUGAGUACCAAAGUUAUGAAAUGCCAAGGUUUGAUGGCAUCCAAGGAGAAUUCUUGAAUGAGAAACUGCUGACGUAGGGAAAAUUCACAGCUUGUUUUUCAAACAGGUAAUAGUGCCAAAGGACUUAAGGGUGACCAAUAUGACACCAAUUUUAAAAAAGAGAUCUGGACACCUGGAAAAUUAGAGUCAGCUUAACAUCUGUUCAAGGUGAAUUGUUAAGACUAAUUUCUGAUCUUGUUAAAGCUGUGUAAUGGGACUCUCCAAAACCCUUUGACAAAGUCCUCAUCAAAGGUUCUUGUAAGCUUCAUGAUUGUGGGAUAAGAUGACCUGUCCUUUUAUGGAUUGUUGACUCAAUAAAAAAGAGUAAAAAUCAGGAACAGUGUUGGGACAGGUGUCUUUUAACUUGUUUAUAAAUGGUCUUGACUUAGGAAAAAGCUAUUCAUGGUAGUGAGUCUCCAAAGUGAUUAUGAAGAGUUUGAGAAGGAUCUCCUUACACUGGGUGACUGUUGUGGUGGUAAAAGGCACCCCCCCCCCAUAAACAUGUGAGCAGCAUUCACUACCGAACCUAUGAGAUGCCACCCUUCCCCCACAAUACAUGUGAACUGCUUAAAGUGCCCUUGUAUUAAAGCAUUCACAGCAAGUUGAACUGACCCUGAAUGGUGAGAGGAGGAAGAAUCAGGAACCAAUGGCUCAAAUUGUUUAUAUUCACUGGCCAUAUCUCAGAGAUAGUAUAGCUAGCAUGCUGACCUAGGAUGAAGGGAUAAAUAAUGUCACCUAGACAGGUUUAUCAAAAACAUUACAAUGUCAUGUAAUUUAUUAUCUGCUUUUUUGUCUUGUCUUUGUCAUGUAGUAUGCCAAAGGCAUAUAAGCUGUGGUCCUGCUUUUGCUCAAGGCUGCUCAGCAAGCUGCCGAUGCUUUGCUGAGAGCCCAGUGUACAGCGUAACUUGUUUGCAUGCUUAGUAAAUUUAUGUUAUAUCUUCAAGUGAUUUGGUUGCUUUAGGUGAGCCAGGUUUUGGUCGCAACACUGCUUAACCAAAUGGCAAGUACACUUGAAUGUAAAUGUAAAGUGAUGCAUGCUGGGGGGACCUCCCCCCCCACAAAGAUACUGAUGGGUGUCCAAGUUGUUUGUAACUAAGAAAAAAAACUGGUGCCCACAGUGGACAGCACAAUGAAGAUGUGGCAACUGUGAAGAAAGCAAUUUUUAUGCUAGGAAUCUUGAGGAAAAGGACUGAAAAUAAAGCUGCCAACACAGUAAGGAUGUGUCUGAAGAUGGAACACUGUAAACAGUUCUAAGUUGAUGCACUGGAAAGAGGGUGGAAAAACAUUGAAAAGAGAGCAACCAAAAUGAUUACAGGGCUUGAACAACUCUCUUACAAGGAAGUCCAGACUUGAGACUCUCUAGCUUAGAAAAAGGGAGGUGGGAGGUAUUAUUGAAU